GUUCUUUGCUUGCUGUCGGCUUUCGGAAUGGAAGUCUUUAUAUCCUGGAUUCCAUAUCGUUGGAAAACGACCAUCCAGAACCUUUCCAAUACUCGAAAAGAUCCAUCACUAUCAUGAGCUUUUCCCACGAUUCUGAAUAUCUCGCCACAGCCGAUGAAAAACAUCUCGUUGAACCUUUACAAAAAAGUUGGUGGAGGAAAAGAAGUCGGGAGAGGCUGGCUGCCCUCCAUUCCCACUACAAGCCGAUUCGCACCUUUUUUGGGGUACACCUAGAUAGUAGUGAACCGGCUCUUAAGUCUUGGAGAGACCGGCUCUUGGUGGAAUACGACUUGGCCAAUACCGUCAGAGAGCUGGUGGUGAUCCGGAGAGACCGGAUUGAGCAGAGCGCCAUCCCCACGUACAUCGCUUGGUAUCCCCCAAUCACAACCGAGUAUUUCUUCCUCACUGCCAACGAUCACUACAAAAUGAAGCUUUACAACGUGACCACCAAGUUGUGCAGGUAAGAAGACAGCUUGGGACCCACCUAUGGUUCUCCUCUGGGGAAGUUUGUCGUCCUUCCGUUGGGCGAGGACCAGGAUCCGCAGAAGCGCUACCUGGCCUACAUCACAAAGGAAAAGGUUGGCCUGCUCUUACCCGUCGAUGGAAACCCGCACAAGUCCUCGGCGUUCAUCUGCCACCCUGCAGGGGUCUCCGACCUCACCUGCUCCUACACCGGACGCUACCUCUUCACGGCGGGGGGCAGCGACUCAACGGUGAUGAAGUGGGACGUGAACCUCGACGCUCUGGAUGCCGCUGUCUUCCUGGGAGGCAAAGACCUGAUCCCGUUUUACAACCUGUUGGAAGGAGGCAGAGACGGUGCCUUUUUCAAGGAGCUGGAAGACUAUUUUUACUACGCCCAGCUGGUCCAUCAAGGCAUUGACACCAUGGAGCCUAGGAAGGUCUCCGCUCACAUCCCCUUGGAGCAGCUGCCCUUCGUGAUCCGGGCGAUGGGGUUUUACCCCUCCGAGGACCAGAUCGAAGACAUACUGAACGAAGUCAAAUUCAGUGAGUUCCUGGACACCGGGAAGCAGGUCACCCAGAUUAAUUUGGGGGACUUCAUCAAGCUAUACAUUAACCACCGACCGGCCUUCGGCCUGGCCUCGAAGGAAAUUCAGCAGGCCUUCGAAAUUUUGGGCUACGAGAACCAGGACCAGGAAGCCACCAUCAACCGAGAUGACCUCCUCCUGUUGCUGCAGCACAAAGGAGAGCAUUUCUCCGAAGAAGAAUUGGCCGAGUACCUCACCACGCUUCUGGGCUUCAACCCCGAGGGCGGCCGUGUGGAGGCCGGCAGCUAUGACCCCACAGGUUCAGAGGACAUAAUCGAGGAAGAAAUCCCCGAGGAAGUGACGGCUGCUUAUUUCACAAAGGAGGUCCUGGCUUUACCCGUGCCGGAACCCACCGAGGUGGCAACGGAGACGCAAACCUCAGACGAGGCCACGAAUAGCAGUUUAUUGUCGCUGAAGACUUCGUGA